GGGUAGAUAUGGUGGAAUGGUAGUAUGUUGGAUUCUUGGGCUUGGAUGCCUUGUCUCGUGGAACAACAUGUUGACUAUCGGAGAUUACUAUUAUGAUCAGUUCCCUUUAGGUUCAGCAACAUCAGGGAAAGGAGACAUUGGAAAUUAUACUGGUAUAUGCAUCAUUGUAGCUACUUUGGGAGUUGCAGAUGGCCAUGUUCAAGGAGGGAUGGUUGGAGACCUAUCCUUCAUGUGCCCUCCGUUCAUCCAAUCAUUCCAAGCUGGUUUGGCUGCAUCAGGGGCUCUCACAUCAGCAUUGAGACUAAUGACAAAAGCAGCCUUUGAAAGAACUGAUAAUAGCCUUUCCAAGGGAGCCAUGUUGUUUCUAGCAAUCUCAACAUUCUUUGAGUUUCUAUGCAUAUUUCUAUAUGCAUUAUCGAAAACUGUUACGGCAGAUCUUGCUGCUGCUGGCAUCCGAAUAGAAGCACCAACCCAUGGAGUUGAAGAUGAUGAUGAACAAGAGAGAUUUAGCAACAAGCAAUUGUUCACUCAGAAUAUAGAUUAUGCACUGGAUUUGUAUUUGACAUAUGUCCUGACUUUUGUAGUCUUUCCUGGGUUUGUCUCCGAAAACACUGGAUCACACCACCAUUUAGGCUCAUGGUAUGCACUAGUGUUGUUAGCAAUGUACAAUGUAUGGAAUCUGAUGUCAAGAUGCAUUCCUCUAUGGGAAAGCGUCAAGAUAAAAUCUCGAAAGGGACCAAUGAUUGCAACACUGUCUCCUUUCUUGCUCAUACCUGCAUUCUACUUCACUGCAAAGUAUGGUGGUGCGGGACAGAUGAUAAUGCUCACAUCCUUCUUAGGACUAACAAGUGGUUAUCUUACUGUCUGUGUCUUCACAGAAGCUCCAAAAGGUUACAAGGGUCCUGAGAAAAACGCAUUAGGUAAUUUGCUAGUGUUAUGUCUUCUUGGCGGUAUAGUUUCAGGUGUAGCUCUUGAUUGUUUGUGGCUUAUUGGUAGUAAUCAAAGGUUAUGA